CCUCCUCCCCCCCAAUGUAAGUGUCAGGAGACACAGCACUAUACAGAGACCAGCAGCUGCUUAUACAGAGACAACUACAGAGUACAAUACAGAGUGAGACGUGACAAGGUUUCUAUAUAGCAUCAUGCUGUAUGUUUGGAGUGUCUUCGCAGUGGCCCUCGUGUGGCCCUCGGUGUCCAGCGUUCCUCUCCCAGACCUAGUGACCGCACAGGAGCUGUCCAACCUGGGACUGCGUUUCGGAUGGCAAAAUCUGACGUGCCCCUUGUGCAAGGCGAUAUUCUCCGCAGUGGAUGUCAGCCUGCAGGUGGAGAGUAACAUGGACAUGGUGGCAGAACUGGCAGAGAAAAUCUGUGUGAAAAUGCGUGUGGAAGAGCCCCGUGUGUGCCACCAAGUUGUGCAGCUCUUUAAACAUGAGGUGGUAAUGGCAUGGGCGCUGUCUGUGCUUCGACCCUCGGAAAUAUGUGCUCUUCUUGUAGGCAGUAGCUGUGGACACUGGGACAUUUAUGCAGAGUGGAACAUUUCCCUUCCCAAAACUCCCAAACCCCCAGUGGUACCUCCAGUCCCCCCUCCACCUGGUGCCAAUAUUUCCCGUGUUCUCUUCCUGACUGAUGUCCACUGGGACAAGUCUUACACCCCAGGAGCCUCACCCAGCUGCAAAGAGCCGCUUUGCUGUCGGGGUAAACCAUCAGGGUCCACCAAAGGUGCUGGUUACUGGGGAGAAUAUGGCGCUUGUGACCUGCCUCUGCACACCAUUGAGUCUCUGCUACGCCACGUGGCCACACAGGGCCCCUUUGACCGUGUUUAUUGGGCAGGAGACAUACCGGCUCACAAUGUCUGGGAACAGACCAGGAACAACCAGAUAAAUGCACUUGAAACUAUUACUAACCUCACCCAAAAAUACCUGGGCUCAAUACCUGUCUAUCCAGCGGUGGGGAACCAUGAGAGUGCUCCGGUCAAUGGCUUCCCCCCUCCCUAUAUCCACGGAAAUCUCUCAUCCAGCUGGCUGUAUGACGCCAUGCAGCAUGCAUGGAGACAGUGGCUCCCAGAGUCAGCACUGGAGACUCUCCGAAUUGCUGGGUAUUACACUGUACAGAUCAGCCCGAAUCUUCGCCUUGUGUCUCUCAAUAUGAAUUUUUGCGCCACUGAGAAUUUUUGGCUUCUGAUUAACAGCACGGAUCCUGCCGGCCAGCUUCAGUGGUUGGUGCGAGUAUUGCAGGACGCUGAGGACAAGAUGGAGAAAGUUCACAUUAUUGGCCACAUCCCUCCGGGAAUCUGUGCAAAGACCUGGAGCUGGAAUUAUUAUCGCAUCGUGAACAGGUAUGAGAGCACCAUCUCGGCACAGUUCUUCGGACACACACACUUGGAUGAGUUUGAGAUUUUCUAUGACGAGGAAACCCUGACACGUCCAUUAUCUGUGGCCUUCAUUGCUCCCAGCAUCACAACCUAUGUGAAUCUAAACCCAGGUUACCGUGUGUACCUGAUAGACGGCGAGUAUCCUGCGAGCUCACACAUGGUUUUGGACCAUGAAACCUACAUCCUAAAUCUAACUCAGGCCAACGCUAAGGUGACGGAGGAGCCUUCUUGGACCCUGCUUUACAGCGCUGUAAAAACCUACGGCAUGAAGUCUGCCUACCCGUCAGACUGGGAUAACCUCAUCCACCGCUUCCUGCAGGACGAACGGCUCUUCCAGACAUUCUGGUAUUUGUACCACAAGGGCCAUGUGGAGGAGGUGUGUAAAGAGAGCUGUAAGAGCACCCUCCUGUGCACACUGCGCUCCGGUCGAUCGGACGACACGCAGCUCUGCAAGGAUUUGAAGUUUGCCCAGAAUUCAGACUGGAAGCCCAAACGCUACUGCUGAGGAAAGAGACCGUCGUUUGUAACUGGCAAACUUUGGGUCUGUAAAUGCUGCCACACCAAGACUGAGCCCUGUCUCCGUAUAUAAACCCCACCCCGGACUGACCGCAGACGACCAAAGUCUACAGUAACAUAAUGAGAGAAUCACAUUCUGCCGGCUUCGGAGAAUAGAAACGCUAUACCACUGUAAUGAGUCCUAUACGCACCCCAAACACACAGCGCGGUAAGAAUAGACACUACGCCAACUGUGCCAGGGCCCGGAAUGUGUGGCAUCAGGGAUCCCGUCUCUUUAACUAUAAUCAAUAGAGCGGGCAUGGCCACUGGACAGCUAUGG